AUGGCUUCCACGCGAUCACUUGGUCUCCACGAACCCUCCGCGCUCUCCUACCUAGUCACAGAAGGAAUCCUACCCCCAGACCCAUCAGAAGAUCUUUACAAGUGGUCAACAAGCAUUGAUGAUGGCUCAACUAGCUCAACUGGCUCAGCUGGCUCAGUCGAUGAUGAAUUGGUAUGGACUAAACACUGUGUUGUAUGGUCUCGCGCAGGGAUGGUAAAGCGAGUCUUUCGCCUGGAUGCUGAACAAGAGGAGAUACGGCACGCUUUGUUUACUCAGUUCGCAGAGGGAGAAGUCAAUCGAUCUGCAGCCACACAGAAUGCGAAUCCAUUUAACACGACCACAAAAACAAAUGCGCCGGGACAAGGACCGGGCCGACGACGCGAAUAUGGUUCUACUUCGAGAAAUUCAGGAACAAUAUUGGACUUGAAUGCAAAAACACCAGUUGUAGUUGUUGAUCCUAGGCCCAAUGAGAAAUUAUCAAGAGCCUUGGUCGUCGUUCUCAAGUCACAAGCCCACAUAUUCUUUAUUACAGGGAACAGUCAUACCAUUCCUCUUCAGUUUGAGGUUGAUUCCGUCUUUGCAACUCCACGUGGAAUUCUUCUUCAGAGAAAGAUCCCGGAAAGUAAAACGGAAGCAAAUCCAUUUGUGAAUUACUUCCUCAACCCUAUGCCCUCGCAAUCGGGAAUACCAACCUCUAGCAAAAAGCGAGCGUCUCUGCGACUUUCCUCUGUCGGGUACGGCUCCUCAAACCCCUACCCAGACUCCGACCUCCCACGCGUGUUUUCACUUAUUGACCCUCAUUCGGAAAUGGGCUUGGUUGUGACAUCGGAAGCUUCUCACUGGAUAAAAAACCGUGCCAACGGUAAUAGGCGACGGCAGUCAGGGCUAGAUAUACUAGACCCAUCGGAUGAAGUUAUCUACAUUUCUCCUAAAGAUGAAUUGUCGAGCCUCCACCAAGUUCCAGGAAGCCCGUUGAUCCUCGUAAUCACCUUAAACACAGCAACUGCAUUCUACACAAUCUGGACAGCCAGAUACCGAGGUGACAAACCAAGUGGCUCAAUCAAGGAAAAGACUCGGAGAUAUACGGAAGGAAGGCUCUCUACUAGAAGAAGCUCCAAUCUUGCGACUGGUUCGACAACCCCAGCCAGUCGACCAGGAGCUCGUGAAAGCUUUGGGCACUUGACAGACAACCGGAAUGCGUCUCAGGUAACCGAAUCUAAGCUAGAUGACGAAGAGGACUUAGUCGCAAGAGUUGCCCAAGAUUUUGGAGAAGUUGGGGUGCCGCGCAAAAGUUCUAGAAGAGUCAGCUCACUACUUGCACGAACUGAUCUGGCCAACAGCCAGGAUCGUAUCACGUUUUCAGAUCUAGCCAGUGGCAGUCAAUCUAGCAGCAUAAUCCAUGGCGGGUCGAGGCAAUCACUGGGAAGUACUCGUGUGAGCUUUGGAUUUAACCCUCGUGCUUCACUACCCCCAGCAGCCGGAUCAGUCUACAGCGCUGCAGGUAGUUUUGAGGCUCCAGUAGAUAAGGUGCUGGAAUCACUCAACAACGAUAUUCUAUCGGAUCGAUUUGAAAACAGUGCCAGCCGUGAUUCGGCGACAGGCUUGCCCGAAGAACUUCUCUUGUCCAAGGUCGAGAGUUUCACCGCCAGGUUCACGGGGUCCUUUCAAAACUCACCUUCGCACCGCCGAUUGAAAAUAUCCACAUUGUCUUCAUCAGAUUAUGGCCCUGCAAGUAAAGGAAAUACUUCCACCAUUGCUGUCUGUAUCGUUGACCAAGACUCACGAGAUAUGACCAUCGUGACCCUGAGAGCAGAACGAGUUGCAGUCUCAAAGAACCGAAAGUCGGGAUCUUCCAAGGAGGGUAAGCUUCCUGAGCGUUCACUGCGGCCACUGCGUGUACACUCCGUUAGUAUCCAAAAUUAUCCAAAUGUUCUGGAUGUUGCAAGAGUUACCGAUGGAGAUAUAUCACGAAUCAUUGCCUUGCUUGUGCCUGAGAAUGGACGACCGCUAUUGUCAUUGCACUCUUUCUGGGGUAGUCCGAUAAAAGUGGACAUCCCCUGUCCGCUGCAGCUGUAUGAACCCCAUGGAAUAUCGUCCAAUAAACUCGUGAGCCGCCCGAGAGAAAGCGGCGUCAACCGUGUCAUGGCUGACUCUGAGCUUGUUCAUGAGGGGUUCGAUCAUGCAUCUUCGAAGGGGAAGAUCGAUUUGGUGGAUACGAACAAACAACGCCACCGACUUCAAAUACGAAUGGAACCACGCAAUGAUAUCGUUAAGAAAGUUCUGAGCGUCUGCAAGUUUGUUCUACGAAAUACGGAGAAAGCAGGUGAUGGCAUACAGCUAGCCUGGUGGGAGGUGAUGAAAUGGCUUCGAGAAAAGGAAGAAUUCGAAAGUGACAUUGAAUGGACAGCGAUGGUUAUAGUAUUAUUCUCUCUCGCAGUCCCGUUCAUCAAGCCGCCAGUCCAACCACCAGUCAAGCGGACACGCCGAAAAAAAGGACUGCUUCGAUCAAGCAGUGGCAGUCUUGUGGACUUAGAAAGCUGGGAAGCCAUGCUGGACACGGAGUCUUCAUCUUCUGGUGUAGUGGCGCCGUGGAUGAUAGGGAGUGCUUGGAGUUGGAUCGUGGAGCAAGAUGCGAUUGAGGAACCAGUAGCCCGAAGAGCAUCUCGAACGCCUAAAAAUGAACAAUCUAUGGGAAGCAAAUCCACAUACCGACCUAAUUCGUAUCUCUUGAGAUGCAUCUCACUCACACGCGAAUUUUCCCAGAGUCAACAGGGCGCCAAAGCUACCGGCCGCGCUGGAUACUUGCCGAUAUCUGAUGCGUUUGCAGACACCACCCGGAGCACUGCGCUGGGUAAGAUACUCGUUGGCUUGCACCUUUUUCGAGAAGAACAGAAGCUUUCUACUUGUGACGCUGAAGAAUCCCGACGUCCAUUGGGACUGCUUGCGCCUGUCCUCGCGCAGAUCGGUGGCUGGUUGGGUUGGCAAUCCUGGAAGUGGAGCGAGGAUGCUUAUUAUGGACUUGAAAUGGCGAGCAUGGACCGCUGGAAAUUUGAAGAUUCUCGUAUCACCCGGCUGAGUGUCCAUGCAGAACCCUACCCUCCUUCUUCGGUCUUUGUCCACAUCAUUCAGGCUGCCAGCGGAGCGGUCUCUCCCUUUAUCACCCUUCUUGAUGUUCUCAAUAACACAGAGCUGACCCCUAGAAAGGGACGCAUUUGGCGAGAAUGCUUUAAUAUCACCCCGAGGACGUUUGCGCUGAAUGGUUUCUUUUCUGAAGUUCGCGCUGCCUCAACCUCCUUGGAAAAGAUUCAACUGUUUCAUCGUUGGGGCUUCACUAAGAGUAUCAUCGACACUUUACCGGAAGGUCUCAGUGCAAAAUUCUAUGAGGUGAUGAUGCAGGCACAAUUUGAGGCUUCGACUUCGUGGAACUCUUCGCUCUUGGAGCUCAUAGACCGUGAAGAUCUUUACAUAUCAAUGAAUCCCGCCAAUGCUCGUUCAUUAGCAGCCCUCCCGCAGCCAGUCGUUUCUCAUGACGCUGUGCGCGAUUAUCACUAUGUCAGCACCUCGGCAUUGGAAAUUGACAAUGUCAGUGCUUUUGAAGCCUCUGCUGAGGCUGACCGGGCUUUAUUGACGAGGCUCAUCUUCCGAGAUGAUAAGCGCUUUUUAGAAGCAACUCGAAUUCUUAAUCAAACAAAAGCGCCAGUGACCGAGUGCGUGCCAGAACCUGAUUGGACAGAAACCCAAUUACUUGAUGCACAGAAAGAGCUUGUACACAUUGUGUCGUUUAGGACUCUAUCUAUUCCUACAGGUCGCGCCAUGCUAAGCUUCAGUAGCAGACUUCCGCUACUAACGGAAAAAUUGCCCAUUCCAUCUUUCAACAUGCAGUGCGUGAUGGCACCAACCAACGUUACGCUCAGUGUUGACAGAGCAGCAUUCACAGAAGAGAAGAUCUGCUGGGCAUUUUUCCAUAACGGCGUGUCCACAGGACUCGCAAUAUCCAAAGCUUCCAAGGGAAUAGAUACAUCGUGGAUCCUGUUCAACAAGCCACCAGAGCUCACCAACAGACAUGCUGGAUUCUUAUUAGCCUUGGGCUUAAAUGGCCUUCUAAGGUCACUCGCCAAGUGGGUUUCUUUCAAGUAUCUUACUCCUAAACACACCAUGACCUCCAUCGGUCUUUUACUCGGUCUUUCGGCUUCAUAUCUCGGUACGAUGGACAUGCUUACCACCCGCUUGCUAUCUGUCCACGUCACACGAAUGUUGCCUCUCGGCGCGGCAGAGCUGAAUAUCUCGCCGCUUACACAGGCUGCUGGUAUCAUGGGUAUUGGCUUGGUCUAUUGCGGCUCUCAACAUCGGCGGAUGAGCGAGAUUAUGCUCUCAGAAUUGGAAAACAUUGACCAGGAUGAGCAGUCUACUCAGUUCACUUUGCAAGAGAGCCUUCGAGGUGAAGGAUAUCGUCUGGCCGCGGGCUUUUCGCUUGGUUUGAUUAAUCUUGGCAAGGGCAAAGAUUUACGGGGAUUGCGCGACAUGCACAUCAUGGAGCGGUUGCUGGCAAUCGCUGUCAACACUAAAAACGUUGAUAUUGCACAUGUGCUCGACCGUGCUACAGCAGGUGCUACGAUUGCAUUGGCCAUAGUUUUCAUGAAAACCAACGAUGCGACUCUGGCCAAGCAAAUCGACAUUCCCGAUACUACCGAGCGCUAUGACUAUGUCCGGCCUGAUAUGUUCCUUCUGCGGACCCUGGCACGACACCUUAUCAUGUGGGACAAUAUUAAGCCUAACACUGAUUGGCUGAAUGACAGUCUGCCUCAGAUCUAUCGACGGCGGUCCCGACUCCGUGGAGUGUCUAAGCUACGUAGUGAAGACAUGCCUUUCUUCAAUAUAAUAGCCGGUCUUUGUUUAGCUCUUGGGCUUCGCUUCGCUGGCUCUAGUGACCUUCAUGCGAGGGACCUGUUGCUUUACUACUUGGUCCAAUUGAUUCGCAUUUGUCGACUCCCAGCGGAGAACUAUGAUGCCAAGUUAGCACGCAACUCGGUUCGCAACUGCCAGGAUGUGGUUUCUCUGGCUGCCUCCGCCGUCAUGGCAGGUACUGGAGAUCUGGUCCUAUUUCGGCGUCUUCGAUCUCUUCAUGGUAGGAUCGACCCCGACACUCCUUACGGUAGCCACAUGGCAACGAACAUGGCAAUUGGCAUGCUGUUCCUUGGCGGAGGUAGCUACACGCUCGGCACAUCUGAUCUUGCCGUGACCUCGCUCCUCUGCGCAUUUUAUCCAAUUUUCCCAACUAGCGUUCUUGACAACACAUGUCACCUUCAAGCCUUUCGCCACUUGUGGGUUCUUGCUGCGGAGCCGCGCUGCUUAAUUCCCCGUGACCUUGAUACUAGCCGGCCUAUUACCAUUCCCAUCACGAUAACAUCCCAUAACGGUUCAAUUAACCAACUUUCUGCUCCUUGUCUACUUCCCGACCCUGCCGGGAUUGCACAAAUUGAGGUACAAGGCUCAGAUCACUGGCCCCUCGUCCUGGAUUUCACCCAAGAUAAUGUUCUUCAAGACAAAUUCCGCCAUGGAGACCCGUCAGUGUACCUCCGCCGCAAAAUGACCUACAGCCUUCCUGGGGCUUCCACCCAAACCUCAGUCUUUGCAUCUACUCUCAUCGCCCUAAGCGAGGCACAGGACAUUCUACCAACAUCUACAGCUGUCGCAACCCCUGCUAGGGGUCUUCCACCCUCCACCUGGCUCAACCGCGAGGCCCUGUCAUCCUUUUCACCACCUGCAGAAACGACACCUUUCCAAAGCCCCUGGGACUGGGUCUUUCACCUUCCAUCACUGAAGAAUCUUGACAUCGGCGAACGUGCCCUUGUCCUUCCAACUUCGCUCCCGCUACCGUCGCCUCGCAUUUGUACCCAUAUGGUGACCGCACCCCCUUGGCUCCGCACUUCAUCCGUCGAUGUCAAGCUAUCGCUGUCUAAUACAGUGCACAACAUAAUUCAGUCUGCACGUGGCCGCGGUGCCGAUCCAGAUGAAGUUCGUGAUCGUAUCUUUCAACUCAAGCUUCUGUUCGAGUGGCUUGAUCGCUCUCGGGUCGAAGAAAGAGCCGAUGGUGGCCAAUCACAGACACACACACAGGUAUCUGGUUUGUGGUUACGGAGGGAAUUCAUCGAGGAUUUGAGAUGGAAGAUCUGGGGCGUGCAGAUUAAGGAUGAGGGUGUGAUCAAUGCCGAAUGUUCGAUGAACCGAACCUGCAGCGCUUAA